GAUCCUCUCGCGCCACGGAGAGGUCUGAUUGGCUGGCGGCGCCGAGUCUGUCGCGAGCAGGAAGGUAAAUCAUUUGUCCACAGUCGAACGAGCGGGGCUCGCGGGGAGGCAGCACUUUCAGGACAAAAAGGACUGGAAAUUUCCAGUCGCACAGGCGAGGAACUGUCAGCGAGAAGCAAGCGGACUGUCUUCUUACUCUACAGCCAUGUCUAGGAUCCUUCAUAUCAAUAGCCCCAAUGUGAGGUAUACACAUAAGCACAUCCUGGCUCAGUAUUCCUAUCAGACCACAUCAGUGAGCAGAGAAGGGGACAAGCUCACGGUGACCCCCCGCACCACCGAGAUGACAUUCUGCACUGAGAGGCGAGUGCCCCGGCUGGGUGUGAUGCUGGUGGGCUGGGGCGGCAACAACGGGACCACCGUCACAGCAGCCGUACAGGCCAACAAGCUGGGUCUCACCUGGAAGACCAAGACUGGACUGAAGACAGCAAAUUACUUCGGCUCCCUCCUGCAGGCGUCUACUGUUUGUUUGGGAUCAGGGCUCGAGGGCGAAGUCAACGUGCCCUUCUGUGACCUCCUACCCAUGGUGCACCCUAAUGAUAUUGUCUUUGACGGCUGGGAUGUGUCCUCAAUGGAUCUGGGCAGUGCGAUGGAGCGAGCUCAGGUGCUUGAUUGGUCGUUGCAAGAGCAGCUCCGACCACACAUGAGCCGCAUGAAACCCAGACCGUCCAUCUAUAUCCCUGCAUUCAUUGCUGCAAACCAAGAGAGCCGAGCUGACAAUGUCCUCACCGGAACAUUGGCCGAGCAGGUGGAGCAAAUCAGAGCUGACAUAAGGGACUUCCGUCAGUCGAGUGGUGUGGACAAAGUCAUUGUUCUGUGGACUGCGAAUACUGAGCGCUUCUGUGAUAUCAUCACUGGGGUCCAUGACACUGCCGAGAACCUGCUAGCUGCAAUACAGGCUGGAGCAGAGGUUUCGCCAUCCACUCUGUUUGCAGUGGCCAGUAUACUGGAGGGCUGCGCCUACAUCAACGGCUCCCCACAGAACACUUUCGUCCCAGGGGCCAUAGAGCUGGCCGUACAGAGAGGCGUGUUCAUUGGAGGGGAUGACUUAAAAUCUGGCCAGACCAAGAUCAAGUCAGUGCUGGUGGACUUUCUGGUCAGCUCAGGGAUCAAGCCGACCUCCAUCGUCAGCUACAAUCACCUCGGCAACAACGAUGGGAAAAACUUGUCGGCUCCACAGCAGUUCCGCUCCAAAGAGAUCUCCAAGAGCAACGUGGUGGAUGACAUGGUCCAGUCAAACUCCAUCCUGUACCAGCCUGGAGAGAAACCUGACCACUGUGUGGUGAUUAAGUACGUCCCCUAUGUGGGAGACAGCAAGCGUGCCAUGGAUGAGUACACGUCUGAAAUAAUGAUGGGAGGGAUCAAUACUAUUGCCCUGCACAACACCUGCGAGGACUCUCUACUCGCCAGCCCAAUCAUCCUGGACCUGGUGAUCCUGACAGAGCUUUUUCAGCGUGUGACCGUCCAGCCCCAAGGGGAGGAGGACUUCCAGUCCUUCCACAGUGUCUUAGCACUGCUCUCCUUCCUCUGCAAGGCCCCCCUGGUCCCAUCAGGGACCCCAGUCGUCAACGCCUUCUUCCGCCAGAGGGCCUGCAUAGAAAACAUCAUGAGAGCGUGCCUCGGCCUUCCUCCUCAGAACCACAUGCUCCUGGAGCACAAGCUGCAGAGAGACUUCCUGCCUUCACAUACCACCUUCAUCAACAGUGAAGUAGCCGCUAUGAAAAAAGCCGUCUUCGCCAAUGGGAACCAUAUAUCUCUAACAAAUGGCAACUGUACACGUGUUGAUGAUGUAGCAUUUGCAUUAUGAUCGCAAAUAAAACACUUCAGCCCAAAAUAGAACUGAUACUUAAUACAGUCUUAAACAUAGUACCUUGUAUAACAAGAAUAAAGGCUCUCAUCGAUCAAGGUGUCAUCGCAAAAAAACAAGUUUACAGAGUCAACUUGACAUUUAUGUAAGAUGCAUUUUAAAAUCAUAGGUAUCCUGCAGGUCUUGGUCUGUGGCAGAAAGACAUGGGACAGCAAAAUUUACACAGCAUACAUGCAAUCAGGAAUGGACCUUAGCAAAAGAUCUGCUAUAUUUACUGCUUUGACAGGCCUAUGGGAAGUCCAUAGACUGCAAUCACCUGGGUCUACAUAAGUCAUUACAUUAAUAUAUUUCACUGUUUUAUGCAGAUUAACCAUUUAAUAAUUUUUUUUAUUAGUUUUUUUUUUUUUUAACUUAUUCAAGUAGAUUUCCAUCUGCAAAUCUAAAAUACAGUGUACAGUAUAGUUCCUAGAAAUGGGUCCAUACGUUAUACAAGUAAAUGUGAAUUUGAUCUUGCAGCUCUGAAAAUGGAGCACAUGACUGCUUGUUUGUUGUUUGAUUGUACAGUACAUGGACUUCAUGAAUGAGGGGCAUAUUCUUAACCUACUGUAUUUUCUGUUGUAGAUCACUGCCUUUUUGCAGUCAUUAAUGUUUUUGUGUGGAGCUAAAAUGACAAUAUGGAUGUAGUUUUAACAAAUUUGUUCAAGAGUAACUUGGGCUAUUUAUAUACAAUAAACGUUUAAAUGUUGUUGUUUAAACGUAACAUAUCUGAUGUAUUCGUUGUGUUCGUUGUUUUUAAUUCACAUUUUCUCCAACUGAGCCAUCUGUCAGGUUCAGAUAUGUGUGAAUGGGUAAUAGCUAUUGUUGCAAAAUGAAGUAUAUGAUGCAUCAUAUAAAAAGCAUGGUAAUGAGU